UUAGGAGCGUAGAGUUUAUAUAUCUGCAAUUCCAAAAUGCUUUGAAUAAUGUUUAUGCUUUCAUAGCACAUUUCUUUUCAGUUGCGCUUCUGGAAUCUUUUGAGAUUCCAUUGCUCUACUGUAUUCAUCGAAAUGCAUUGUUUUCAUACUUCAUUCAUUAUUUUCGUUAUUCGCUCUAUAUGGUAAUUUUAUAUUUUCAUUUUACAAAAUUGUGUAAAAAUGGCAAAAGGAUCACCCAAAAACGUGGAAAAUGGACAGACUUCUCCAUUAAAUGAUAUAGCUCCUGUUCGUGAUGUUACUGAUGUAAUUGGAAACUAUGGCCCUUGGCAGCGAUUGAUUUUUAUUCUAACUUGCUUGCGAGGCACCCCGACUGCAUUUUAUAAUUUAAGCACACCUUUUUUUGCCCCGAAGCAAGAUGUAUGGUGCUCCCGCCCUGCAGGCUUGAAUUGGACUGUUGAGCAGUGGAGAAAUGCAGCUAUUCCUUUGGAGUUCCACGAUGGAGGUCUCUCCCCAAGUCGUUGUUUUAUGUAUGAAACAGCAGUUGUGGAGGGUGAGGCUGUGAUCAAUCAGAAUAAAACAGUUAGUUGUGAAUCUUGGGAAUAUGAUUCCUCAUUUUAUACCAAUACACUUACGCAGGAAUAUGACUUGGUGUGUGGCAGAGACUGGCUUAUUUCAUUUACUCAGUUUAACUACAUGGCUGGCAUGAUGUGUGGCGUUUUUAUUUUUGGACACCUUGCUGAUAGAUUUGGACGUCAAAUAAUUUUGAAUCUAUCCGUUACGUUGAUGAUUGUUGCAAGUGUUAUUGCUGCUUUUUCUCCUAGCUAUACGUUUUUUAGUGUUGCUAGAUUUUGUUUAGCACUUGGAGUUGCUGGGACUCAGAAUACAUCAUUUUGUUUGUUAAUGGAAGUACUUGGUCCAGUGUAUAGGACUAGAGUGACUUUUGCCUUUUCAUUUGGCUGGGCUUUUGGUUUGCUUUUACUUCCUGGGAUGACCUACUUGAUUAGGGACUGGGUGUAUCAACAGUUAGCUAGUGCUCUUGUGACUUCCAUUUUACUUAGUUAUUGGUGCUUCAUGCCUGAAUCUCCUCGAUGGUUAAUGACUCAAGGCAGAUAUGAUGAAGCAGAAAAGACAAUGAUUACUGCUGCCCAAAGAAAUAAGCUACCAAUUCAUAACAUGCCAUCUGCCAUGAAGCAGUUGAAAGAAAGAAUUGAAAAGGAAGAAAGAAAGAAAAAUCCAAAUGUUAUUGACCUUUUCAAAACUGCAAAUUUGCGAAAAAAUACCAUUUUUGUAUACAUUUCAUAG